AUGCUCGUUUUGGAACCUGUGCAUAUUGGCGAUGACACCGUCCCUGCGAGAUACAUAAAUAUCAGUACUCAGUGGUGGGAUGCAAUUAGCUAUCCCCCCGUUACAUUAUUUACAACUUCAAAACCCACCCGCUCAUUUACCAUACCCUUCAAGUUAGCAUGUCACCCAGCAAUAAUACAGGUUCCAGUCAGCCCGCCAGGAGUGAACGAGGUGCAAAAAAAAGAGCUAUGGCAGCGCCCAGCUCCAGAAAAUCCCACUGUGAUGAAGAAAACAACUGCACAAAGGAAAGCUCACGUGUCUGUAACCAAGCAUGGCCGCCACGAUGGUGGUGUAGCACAAGUUACUAGUAGUCGGCCCGAUACCCCAGAUGAGAUCCUAGGGCUUGCAGCUAAAAAGUGUCGAGUCGUGGGUGAAACAUCUAAAGGAAAAGCAAAUACUAAGAAGCGCCGAGUCACCGAACCAUAUGCAGAUUCCGAUAUUGAUGUCGAUAUUGAUGAAGGCCUCAUGAGCGCUGUCAAGCACACGCAAAAGAAAGGAAAAGAAAAGGAACUAUGGUCACACACCUCCCAACCAAUCGACAAUGAAUUUUCAAGCGACGAACCUGUCGAUGAGAUCUCUGAUUCUCGACCUAGUCACAAUGACUCGGAGAAGGACAGUGAGGAGGAGGAAAUUGAAGACGACUUGGAGGAGCCCAAGUCCUUAUCAGCCGAAACACCAGUGUUUGUUUCGAGGUCGAAGGCAGAACAGACUGACCUCCCUUUGACCCAACCCACCUGGCCUCGUACAACUACCUCGAAGGAGCUGAUGCGGGCGGCUCAACUAUUCCCCUUUCCGUCGGCUCAACCAAGGGCUACCAAGACACCUGUUUGGGCAGAUACUCAAGUCGUCGUGUCAGAUGAGGAACAUGAGCCCAUCAUGGUGUUAGACGACUCCGAGGAGGACAACCCAGAUCACUCUAGAAGGCCCACACUUGUAUGGACAGACACUGAUAUUGACACCCGUCGUGUGGUCCAAAGAGCGAUCUUGGAGGCAAAAGUUCACUUGACAUUUGUCAACGGCUAUCCGGAGCUCACCGAGAAGAGCCUGUUUACGCGGGACGCACUCUUAACAGCAGCUCGCGCCUGCAGUGUCCUGCCCAUCAAGGAUCGCCUCAAGUCUGAUGACUCGUAUGUGACAGCUCUCGCCACGCUGAUUGAAGCCCGAGUGCCACUUUUCCGCACUGAAUUAAAAGACGACGCUUGUGCUCAAGUGACGUCAUACUAUCGUCUUGGCCCUGAUUGUGUCGACACUGUGAAGGCUUUGCUGGUCAACCACGUCUACCAUUAUGAACAGCAUUUCAAUGAGAAGAACGACCCCAUUCCACAGCCAAAAAAGCCAUACUUCGCUGAUAUCUUACCAUAUCUAAUGAAGGGGCGCUACUUCAAUGGGCUAAAGUCAGUUGGCAUGAAAUUUUCAGACCGUUUCAAGGAGAUUGCGCAAAACAAGGCCCAGCGGCCCGAAGUUACAAUUCCAAUGGUCGCCUUAACGAGUACUUCGGUGUAUGCUGCACUCUUCUGGAAGGCUAAUGGAUCUCCAUCGAAAUUCAAUUUUACUGGCAAUCUAUUCAGCGAGGUCUACUUUUUUCAUGUGAAAUUUCUUGAAGACAUGAAGGUGACGGCGCCGCGCAAGUUUCACAAGAUGAUGGCUGACAUUUUCGAGGCUAUCCAGAAACUCUGCACCCAUGGCAACAACGCUUUAGUUGGAUCACACGAGUCUGCGAUGGCUUUCCUCGAUAUUGCUGGCAUGGAUGACGAGGAGUAG